CCCAGCUCCAGAAACUACCUCUGGGCCCCAUUGGCCCCCUGUUGUGUGCUUUCUGGAAGUGGAGGUCUACAGGAGUGAAAGCCAGGAGCAGGCCUGGGGAGCUCUCCCGAAAGACAGGAGCAGAUUCCCGAUGCUUUAGCCCACCUGUGACCCCUGGUGGGGGUGGCUGAGCGUGCUGGCUGGAGGCCUCUCGCCCUGCCUCAGGCGACCCUGGAAGCCUGUAGGAUGGAGGGGGCAAGGAAGGAAAAUCUGGCCUCCGUGUCCAGUCUGGUGACUAUAUUUGAGAACAACAGGAUGCACGGAGCAGAGCCUGGAGCCCACACGCUGGAGGCCAAGCAUCACCGCCCUGCGUGCAGCCCUCCCCCACCUGCUGGACCAUGGGAGAAGCCCAGCGCAGAGGAGGCCCUGGGCUCUGGGCCCAGGACGGUCAGCAGGAGGUACCUGAGCUCCCUGAAGAACAAGCUGUCCAGUGAGGCCUGGAGAAAAUCCUACCUGCCCAAGACCUGCUCCGGGCCAGGGACACAGGAGCCUGAGGAGAAGAGAAUCAUCCAGGAGCUGCUGGAGACGGAGCAGGCCUACGUGGCACGACUCCACCUGCUAGACCAGGUGUUCUUCCAGGAGCUGCUGGAGGAGGCCCGCAACAGCAAGGCCUUCCCCGAGGACGUGGUCAGGCUCAUCUUCUCCAACAUCUCCUCCAUCUACCAGUUCCAUGCACAGUUCUUCCUCCCAGAGCUGCAGCGGCGGCUGGAUGACUGGACAGCCACCCCCCGAAUCGGUGACGUGAUCCAGAAACUGGCCCCCUUCCUGAAGAUGUACAGUGAGUAUGUCAAGAACUUUGAGCGAGCCGCUGAGCUGCUGGCCAUCUGGACUGACAAGUCUCCUCCCUUCCAAGAGGUUCUCACUCGAAUUCAGAGCAGCAAGGCCUCAGGCAGCCUGACCCUGCAGCACCACAUGCUGGAACCUGUGCAGAGAAUCCCACGCUAUGAGCUGCUGCUCAAGGAAUAUGUCCAGAAGCUGCCAGACCAGUCCCCGGACCGGGCUGAUGCCCAGAAAGCCCUUGACAUGAUCUUCUCAGCUGCGCAACACUCCAAUGCAGCCAUCACGGAGAUGGAACGCCUGCAGGACCUGUGGGAAGUAUACCAGCGACUGGGCCUUGAAGAUGACAUAGUGGACCCCUCCAACACCCUGCUCCGCGAGGGCCCCGUCCUCAAGAUCUCCUUCCGCCGAAGAGACCCCGUGGAGCGAUACCUUUUCUUGUUCAACAACAUGCUGCUCUACUGCGUGCCCAGGGUCAUCCAGGUGGGUGCCCAGUUCCAGGUGAGGACUCGCAUCGACGUGGCCGGGAUGAAGGUGCGGGAGCUGACUGACGCGGAGUUCCCACACUCCUUCCUGGUGUCCGGGAAGCAGCGCACCUUGGAGCUUCAAGCCCGGUCCCAGGAGGAAAUGAUUUCCUGGAUGCAGGCCUGCCAAGCAGCCAUCGACCAAAUUGAGAAGCGGAAUGAAACCUUCAAGGCUGCGGUCCAGGGCCCUGAGGGAGAUGUCCAGGGGCAGGAGCCGCAGUCUGAGGAGCUGGGCCUGCGGGCGCCACAGUGGGUCCGGGACAAGAUGGUGACCAUGUGCAUGCGGUGCCAGGAGCCCUUCAAUGCCCUGACGCGCCGUCGCCACCACUGCCGGGCCUGCGGCUAUGUGGUGUGUGCCAGGUGCUCCGACUACCGGGCUGAGCUCAAAUAUGAUGACAACAGGCCCAACCGAGUCUGCUUGGACUGCUACACAUUCCUCACCGGAAACGUGCUCCCCGAGGACAAAGAUGACAGGAGGCGGGGCAUCCUGGAGAAAGGGUCCGCGUCGGGGUCUGAGCAGAACCUCAUGUGCAGCUUCCUGCAGCUCACUGGGGACAAGUGGGGCAAGAGCAGCACCCGGAGCUGGUGUGUGAUCCCCCGGGACGACCCCCUCGUGCUCUAUGUCUAUGCUGCCCCUCAGGACAUGCGGGCGCACACCUCCAUCCCCCUGCUGGGCUACCAGGUGACCACCGGACCCCAGGGGGACCCCCGGGUCUUCCAGCUGCAACAGUCAGGCCAACUCUACACGUUCAAAGCCGAAACCGAGGAGCUGAAGGGCCGCUGGGUGAAAGCCAUGGAGCGGGCAGCCAGUGGCUGGAGUCCUGGGGAACCUGGUGACGGGGACCUGUCUGACUGA